ACACCCUGUAUAUAUGACAUUCGUGGAAACUGCCGGUUUUCUUACUUAUUUGUUGCUUCUAAAGGUUCCAAUCAAUUAAGCUGAGGAAAACGGGUUCGUUCAGUUAGUCAUUAAUGUUUUAAGGUAAAAGAAGUAGGGUUCUUCAUAUUAUACAUUCUUCUCGUCCCCGGACCAUUUAAAUGUUCUGCCCACCAAUUAUGUACCGAUUAAAGUAACUUUUCAUACAGAUUGUACUGAUUGCCACUCUCGAUGUUUAUCAAUGAUUUCUGAGAUUGUGUCAUUUAAUCGCGUCGUGUUCAAUCAUGAAUGCGAUAAACGUGAAUUGGUUGCAUUCAGUGGAGGGUGAGUCAUUGGUACAUCACUUCUAUGUAAAUACAUCCAAAAAGAGAAGAUUUUAUGGAAUACUUGAGAGACCACCACUACCAUCUUCAAUCGAGGAAGUUACUUACAAAAUUUUUAUGGUUGGAAGAUCAGGAGUAGGAAAAACUUCUGUUGUAGCACGCCUUGCUGGUAUACAAGAAUCCAAUAAUUACAUAGAAACGAAUGGUAUAAAAAAAACUAAUAUAUUUUGGCCAGUUAAGAUAUGGGACAAAGUUGUAUUAUUCAAGCUACAAUUUUGGGAUACUUCCGAGACAAGCAUUAAAAAAUAUAACCACAUACUGCCUGCUUGCAAGGAUAAAGUUGAUGCAAUAUGUUCUGUAUUUUGUUUUGAUGAUGCUACAGGAUUUAAUGAUGUUCCUUAUUUGAUGAAUACAAUGACAGCUAUAAAGGAAAAGCCUGCUAAUAUAAUAAUAGGAACUAAAUUUAAACCUUGGUCAAGCUCAACAAUGGAAGAUGCAAGAAUCAAGGAAUUCGAAGAUAAAUGGAAAGUUAAAGUUAUUAGACUUGACAUUAAUAAAUUGUCGACUAGAUCUGAAAUAUUUGACUGUUCUUACCAAUUAAAUGCUAUAUGCAGUAUUCUAUGGAAUAGAGACAAAGAAUUUAUUUCUAAACAAAUGGGACAGAAUUAAAUAGCUUAUAUAUAUACAUAAUUGUAUGUUCAUCUUUUAUACUUUUUUACAAAUACCAAUAAAGACAUGUUUCAGAA